CUCAAUUUCUGUCAUCUAUGUCCUUUUCCAAGUUCAAGAAUCAAACUUUAUACUCAUCCCUUCAAAUUAAGAGGUUCAAGAAUCGCAAUGUUGGUGCUUCUCCCGUUGUUUUUGCCGCACAGUCCAAUUUCUUGAGAGUUCGCCAAGUGCUUAACUCCUUGCUAAUCUGAACUACUGGAAUGUGGUAUGAAUCCAUAUGGUGUGGAGUCAAUCGCGAUGUAUUUGUUCUCGUAUGUCUUGUUUAAGACAUUGGGAGGCCAUGGAUGUCUGCAUCAUACUUGGGAUUUGUAAUGAGGGCAAAAGAGGAUAUUGAACUACUUUUUUCUUGAAUUAUGGUGUUUGUUUCUUGUUUUCGAGCUUUGAUCAGUGCUUUCUUCAAGAAUGUGAUUCACUUUCUUUAGUUUUUAUAGUCUAUAAGACUAAGAGGAUGCUUUUGGACAUCGGUAGGGAUUCACCACAUGGGAGUUAGCUUAAUAGUGGUAAUGAUUCUUAUACUCUCGAGUCUAACGGCAUUCUUAUGCAUAGUUCGAGAACGUUUAAUGUAGUGUCGAUAAGAUGAAACCAGUUGCUAGUAGACUGGUGAGAAAGAAAAUCCUUCAGAGUACUGGGAUUCCUGCCGCUUGAUACUCUCCUAAGGACUUGCUUGAAUUAUGCAAGUUAUUCAAACAGUAUGGAAGGUUAGCAAGGAUGGAAUUGAAGCAGGAACUAACUUGGUGCCUGAUGCUAUACCGAGACCAAUAGCAAGGAUUUCUGUAACUAUAGCUGCUGUGAUGGUCUCACUCUUUCUACUGAAGUCGUUCCUGUCCACAGCAUUCUUUGCUCUGGCAGUGAUGGGACUAAGUUACUUCACAUUCAUAGCCUUAAAUAAGGAUGAAGGCCCUAAAGGGGAUGGAGGAACCACUUCUGUUGAAGAUAGUCUUGAAGAAGCCCGAAGAAUUAUGGAAAAAUACAAAUAAACACUCAACUCUCUUCAUCUGCCUUCCCUUCCCUUCCCAUCACUCUGGUGAAAUUGGAGCACUACUGUAAAAAAAGAAAAGUUACUGUGAACAAUCUUCAUAGCAUUUCUCUAUUGCUGAAUGGUAGCUUGUCAUAGCGUAGAUAUGGGUAAAGCAUUUUUAAUGUUA